GUUGUGGCAGGCAGCGGAGGCCCAUGCCACAGAGCGCGAACCCCCGCCCCUCUGUGUCCGGGGGGCAGCAAGGUGCCUGCGGCAGACUCCGCAUCGGGGGCGUCCCGGGGGGCACGGACACCGGCACACGCACGGCCGAGCACACGGGGAUCUGCGGCCCCCCGCGCCGGCGCCUCGGGGGCUGCCGGUGGACGUGGGCUCCGGAGUGGUCUUGCGGCCCCGGUCCGCGAGCGCACGGGCCACCUCCACCGUC